UACAACACCAAUUAUGAAAGCAGCCACAGACCCACAAUCGACCCGGCCCAGAUAUGUUUAUAAUAUUAUCCGGAAUCACUCUGCAGCACUGGCCUCCAUUUCUGCGGUGCCAUGGCCUGCUCAGUGAACUUGAGCUUCUCAGCGCUUAUCUCACCAUAUAAAACCCUAAUUCAGAAUAUACACCUGACGAGAUCACGCAGAAGUCUGCUAAAACCAACCACCUGUGGAACAGAACAUGGAAUUGGCUGUCAGACUGUUAGUUUUGCCUUCAGCUACAUACCAGUUGUCAAAAUUCUUCGUCAUGAAUGCUUGGCUAGUGGCAUACUCUCUGUAAAUGCAACCUGCCAUUGCCUACAAAUGGCAGCCCGUGCACAUUUGUCUGCACGAAUUUCUAAUCAUUGUAAUGUAAGUCCAAAAACUUAUAUCGUAAUAUCAGGUUUCUGGGUGGGACCUGAUAUUGAAGAUGGCUGGGGUUUUAUAGAAGCUUUUGUUAAUCAGAUCUAUUGAUUUUCCUAGUUUCCAUAUAUUAGCGUAGAGCGAUUAACGCAUGCUUAUGUUGUCAUCCUCUUUAUUGUCCAUUUUGCCUGAAAUUAAACUGCAAUGUUCAACUAA